GGCGGCUUGAUGAAAGCUAAGGGCGGUAUAUAAGCCUGCAUGGAAGUGUUUUGGGCAUUCAGUGCCUAUCUCUUGCUCCAGUGCAUCGAUAUCCUAGCAGGACAAAACUUCAACAUGAUCGCUAUCGCUUCCUUCGCUCUUCUGGCUCUGGCCUGCACCGCCCAAGCCGGCGUCGUUGCCGGUCCAGCCUAUGCAGCUGCUCCUUUCGCGUACGCUGCUCCAGCCUACGCCGCCGCCCCAGUCCUUGCUCAUGCUCCAGUCGUCGCUCACGCACCAGUUGUCGCUCAUGCUCCCCUGGCCACCACUGCUUACGCCACUAAGACUGUCCACUCCGUUGCCCCCGUCGUCGCUGCUGCCCCUGCCAAAGUCCUGGCCGCCCCGGCCUACGCCUACGCUCCAGCCGUGAAGGCUGUCGCUGCUCCAGCCUUCGCUUAUGGCGCUGGUCUCGCUUACGGACACGGACUCGGUUACGCCGCUCCAGCCUACGGUGCUUACGCUGCACCAGCUGCCAAGUUCGUUGCCCCAGCAUAUGCCGCAUACGCUGCUCCAGUUGCGAAGGUGGUCGGACCUGCAUACGCGGCCGCUCCAGUGUACGGCGCCUACAAGCACUACUAAACCCACGUGGUGACACUGGCGUGGAAGACGGAACAGACAUCUUUUUCACCAGUGUGUGCUUUCGGAAACAUGGUUGUGCAACAUCACUCUCAAACAAGUCAUCACCAUUCACUUUCGAGCCCAUCGAAGAGAAUGUGAACAAAUGCUCAUGUAAUAAAUCGUUGAAAUUUACUUUA